CAGAUGCUGAUUUUACCCAAAGUGACGUCACAACGCCUGUCUUGGGCAGUGCGUGUGUUUAUUGUGUAUCCUUGAUCAGCUGGUCUAGAAGCAAGCGAAUCGCCCCGAAAGUCGCAGUUGCCGACAGCUGCGUUUUCUCAUCGCGAUCGUUAAGAGCAGUGAAACGGUCGAUUAAGGAGGAAGGCACAGAAGACGACACUGCACUAUCUACCCAAGCCAUGAAGUUCCAGUACAAGGAAGACCAUCCUUUCGAGUACAGAAAAAAAGAAGGGGAGAAAAUCCGAAAGAAAUACCCAGACCGGGUGCCUGUUAUAGUGGAGAAGGCACCCAAAGCUAGAGUACCUGAUCUGGACAAGAGGAAGUACCUUGUCCCAUCAGAUCUCACAGUUGGUCAAUUCUAUUUCUUGAUCCGAAAGCGAAUCCACUUGAGGCCAGAGGAUGCCCUGUUCUUCUUUGUCAACAACACCAUUCCUCCUACCAGUGCUACUAUGGGUCAGCUGUAUGAGGAUAAUCAUGAGGAAGAUUACUUUCUCUAUGUGGCUUACAGUGAUGAAAGUGUUUAUGGCAAGUGAAUCUAUGCGUUGCUAGCCUUACAGGUGGAUUGGACUGAAAGAGUUGUUGUGGAAGAAAUUUGUGUCUGGCAAAAGCAGGAAACGGGAGAAAGAACUGGACAACAAACCAUGUAUUUCAUGUCAUCAUUUCUUGCACCUUUAUUAUUAGAUAAUUGCUAUUUUAUUCAAUCAUGAGAUAAGAAUGAGGGUUUUAAAGCCAUCUAGUGGUUGGUGCUUUGUCAUAUUCCCUCAAUUUCCAUUGUCAUAACUGGCAUGUCCACAAGUUUACCACGUGGGAGCAAGUAGAAGACAGGAGUGGGCAAGAAAUUACCUAGCAAUAUAAUCAAUUCCUUUCCAUGCCAGGUCAGCCUGGAUUUAAUGGCAAGUUAUUCAACUUCAACUGGCCUUCCCUUCAACAUCCCAAAAUUAAUGUUCCUUAUUUUAAUAUAUUUCUUCUCCUGCCCUAUUUACCCAGUAAAUGCAUGAAAGAGGCAUAGCAUCAAUUACUGUUUCCUAAAAUCAUUACAAUCCCUUGUCCCCUGAUUCAGUUCAGAUACCAUCAGACUGAAUCAGUCUAGUUAACAGAAUCGUAUUAAUGCCACUUUAUAACAAUAAAGGAAAUUGUGCACAGUAGUUACCUAGCUAGUUCAAUUAAAUUUCAGCAAGUACAAUAUAUCUCACACUCUUCUCUCAGAAUAUAACCAGAAUCUGAUCCUUGGUAUUCAAUACUUAAUUCAGUUUCACUAACUGCAUGAAUGUUCUGUGAUGUUCUAGGUCCUUGCUUUGUAAGUAGAGGCUAUUCCCAUCUAGAUCAUGGUUACAGUAGCUGAAACCUGUGCUGUGUUGUUAAUGAAACCCCUUGAAGUUAACUUUUACCCACAGCCUUGCUGAAACAUAUAUUCUGCAACUUCUUUUGAAAUAAUCCUUUUUAUGAUAACUAUCCUCCAUAUAUUCCUCUAUUACUCCUGCUCACCAUAGUGUUACUAUUAAAAGCCUGGGGAAGAUUUUACCCCAUUGAGCAAAGCAGUUUCUAAAGCAACUAAUAGUUGUAUUUCCUCUUCUUGGUACAAUUAUUCUACAACACAAAUAAAAAUGUAAAAACAAAAAAUUAGGACAUUUUAUGUUGAGACUUAUAUUUCUUAGUUUUAUGGAAACUUGGAGGGUAUUAAGACUGUCUGCGUCUGUGAAAUUACGGAAAUUGACACUCUGUUAGCCUGUUAGUCUUUUUUCUCCUGCUUUGAAGUAUCAUUCUAAUAAUUUUUUGGAAUAGCAAAGGAAUCUGUGAAAUGGACUUUAUUAAAUUGUAUCUAAAGAAGUAAUGAAGGGCUGUUUUAGAAGAGUGGCAGAGCUGAGGGAACUUUUAGGAUGAAAACUGCAAGAAGGAAUGACUAGAAUGUGCUAUAUCAAUGACUAAGGUUUCUUUGUUUUGUUCGAAAUAAAAUAAAACUGGAUACCACUUCUGUAGUUGAUUCUGUUCUAAUGCUAAAUUCCUUCCUUUCAGUACAAAUUCUACUUUACUUCCAUUUGCUUGGUAUCUUUAUCAUUCAGGGAGUCUUCAGGAGUUACAUUCUCAAUCCUCUCAAGACGAGCUCAAAAUUCUUCAUAUGAGCUAAAUCACAAUGUGUAAAAUGCUCACCUGUAUAUUGACAUCCCCUAUGCUGCUGCUAAUCAUUAAGGAAUGUUAAUGGGAUUUCAAUUUACUCGUUUGAUACAUGUAAAGUACUAUGUUUAUAAGUUUUAACUGCAUUGUGGCAUUUUUCAUUUUUGCUUAGCUUCCGUUUGUGAAAGGUAGUGCUAAUUAUUCUUUCUAUGUGAUUAAUUCAAGCCAGCUUUAGAUUUUUGUAAGAUAAGAGUUCUGUUAGUCAAAUAAAUACACACUUGAAAAUCUGAAA